AUGACAAAUGAACCGAAAGAUGAAGAUCUUGUAGAGGAAGGAAAAGAGACGGCAGACGAAGUGGAGAAGGUAAUAGAGUCAACAGAAGAUUCCGCCGCUGUCAACCUAAGAGAGAAAUCCUCGGUGGAGUCUCAUGACCAAGAAUGUUUAGAAGUAUGCAGGAGAAAGCAAUCUGUUCAAAAUACUGGAAGCUUGAAGGAAGAGCUCAGUAGAAUUCUUCCACAAUUGGAGGAGAUGCGGAAAAGGAAAUCUGAGAGAAGAAAUCAAUUCCUAGAAACCCAAGAGCAGAUACAGAAGAUCUCAAACGAGAUCUAUGGAUCCACAGAGUGUAUUUCAUCCGUGUUGGUAGUGGAUGAAAGUGAUUUGUCCUUGAGAAAGCUUGAGGAGUUGCACAGGGAGCUGCAUGAACGUCAAAAGGAGAAGCGUGAUCGCCUGAGGCAGGUUCAGGAACAGGUGUGUGCCUUGAAUUCGCUUUGCUCAAUGCUUGGUGUGGAUUCUAAGAAGAUACUAACUGAAGUUCAUCCAAGUUUACGAGACUCUGAAAGGUCCACGAAUCUAAGUAAUUGUACGAUUGAGCAGUUGGCUGCUGCGAUACAAAAAUGGCGAGAGGUUAAACUACAGAGAAUGCAGAGGCUCCAAGAUCUUGGAGCUCUGGAAUUUGAUGGAUACACCAAUGGAAGAGCAACAAAUGUUUCAGAAUGUUACUUGUAA